AUGUGGGCGCUCUUGGUUCUCAUAGGUGCUGCAGCUGUUUCUGCUCACCUGCAGGAUCUUGCCUUUGAUCGGCAGAAGGUGUUUCGUGUGAUUCCGCAGAAUGAUGAGCAGGUGGAAAUCAUCAAUUCCCUUGCCAGCAACAUGCAGGUUGACUUUUGGCAGCCAGACUCUGUCACACUGGUAAGGCCAAAAAUGCAAGUUGAUUUCCGAGUUGAAGCUGACAAGUCUUUUGAGGUUGAAGAUCUUUUGAAAGAAAGUGGAGUGGAAUAUAGAGUUCUGAUUGACAACCUGCAGGCUGCACUGGAUGCCCAGUUUGACAGCAAAACUCGUACCACCAGACACAGCUAUGAAAAGUACAACAACUGGGAAACGAUAGCUGCUUGGACUGCUGAUAUUGCUGCUCAGAACCCAGACCUUGUCUCUCGCAGUGUAAUUGGGGAAACAUAUGAAGGACGGCCAAUGUACCUUCUCAAAAUGGGAAAAAGUCGUCCAAAUAAGAAGGCCAUCUUUAUGGAUUGUGGUUUCCAUGCAAGAGAGUGGAUCUCCCCUGCUUUCUGCCAGUGGUUUGUGAAAGAAGCUGUUGAGACCUAUGGAAAAGAUACUGUCAUGACCACACUUCUCAACAGCUUGGAUUUCUAUGUUUUGCCUGUUAUUAAUAUUGAUGGCUACGUUUACACUUGGACAAAAGACCGCAUGUGGAGAAAGACACGCUCUAAAAAUGCUGGUAGCAAUUGCAUUGGUACAGAUCCCAACAGGAAUUUUAAUGCUGGCUGGUGCACUCUUGGGGCCUCAAAAAACCCCUGUGAUUCCACUUACUGUGGCUCUGCACCCGAGUCUGAAAAGGAGACUAAGGCUUUGGCUGAUUUUAUUCGUGAACAUCUUUCUACAAUCAAGGCAUACUUGACGAUUCACUCCUAUUCCCAGCUGCUACUGUUUCCUUAUUCGUAUACUUACAAAUUACCAUCGAAUCACGAGGAACUGAAUUCCAUUGCUCGUGCUGCAUCCGAACAACUGGCCAGUUUGUAUAAUACCAAAUAUACAUACGGCCCAGGAGCUACAACAAUCUAUCCUGCUGCAGGGGGCUCUGACGACUGGGCUUACGAUGAAGGCAUCAAGUACUCUUUCACUUUUGAGCUCCGAGACACUGGUAGAUAUGGUUUUCUUCUCCCUGAAUCUCAGAUAAAGCCAACCUGUGAAGAGACUCUACUUGCUGUUAAAUAUAUUGCCAAUUAUGUCCUUAAGCACUUGUAUUAGAAUGGAGUUCUAAAAAACUAUUAAAGAAGGUUUUAUUCAAA